ACUCUCUUUCUUUUCUGUAGGUUGCGAGAUUUGAGUGGGAAUUGGUGUUUAUAUGUGCGAAAGUAGUGGAUUUUAGGUAGUUUCAAAUUAUUGCAGAAGUUUUAUUAAAGAAUUUUCUAUGCACAAGGAUGACAGUGUAGCCGCUAUAGGCAAAUUAAUCGAUGUGAAAGUUGUGAACAUUCAAGUAUCUUUGUGCAUGUGUUAAGUUAGCAGAGCGGCGAGGCCGUGUUUUUCUCUUUUUGCGGCGACGCGCUCAUUCUUAUCACUCAUCAGGUUUUGCGUGUAUUUAUCUCCAUUUGAACAGUGACAGGAUAUGCUCUUUUAUCUUUCUUUAUCUUUUGGUAAAAGAACAAAAAGACGAGAAGGCAGCAUGUCAAAAUUUAAAUGCGUAAGGUAAAAAGUCAUCACCACAUGUUUUGCUCUUCAUAUCAUGAUAGGCUAAUCGUUCUAUCACGAAAAAAGUGUGAGAUUAAAAAACACAAGCACAACAAUUUCAAUUCUCUCAAUAUAAUUAAUACAACUUGUUUACAGCAUUACCUGAUGAUAAAAUUCCCCACCCACCAAGAUUCAAUUAUUCUCAGAAAAUUACCUGACAAUUCAUAGCUAUAACCAGCAAUUAAACAUAAAUUGGGUAUAUAAACAAUGAAUUAAUAAUUACUCAUUAGAUCAAUGCAGCUGAAUAUUUGUCCCACAAAAUGGAAAGAAAUUUUUUUUCCUAUUCUCACUCGCUCUGUAAUGUCAGAAAAUUUCCCCAAUAUAUACUAUGAUAUAUAAACUUAAAGCAUAGAACCAAUUAUUGUUAUUAUGAAAAUUGUUUUUUUAUGACUGAAAAUAUAUUCGAACAAACGAAAAAAAUACUUAUGAUAUUCAUUGCUGGCUAUUAUAUUAUUCGUCAUACGUCCAAAGAAAGGGGAAAUUCAAAUUUGGGAAUAUCGGGCUGCCUGUCUUUCAUUUUUUAAAGAGAAACUGUCCAUAUAUAUUUUUAAAAAGUCCCAGUUUAAAAAAUUGACAACGUGUGUAAUGCUAUUCUUGCACUCAAUUUCUUCUUGCUUUAAGACUCGAAUAGACGAUAUGGCUGACCAUAUUGUUUGGUGUGGUGUGAUAUUACCACCACAUGCUUUAAUCUGGUAGCAAAAAUGAUUGCCACGAGCACCCAGCCAGGAAUGUUUCCAGUUGUGUCCGCAAGUAAUCCAAUGACUCUGGUUCAUACUCUUCCAGCACCUGGUUCGACUACGGUGUCUGCACAAUCGUUAAAUACAAUGCCAUCAACAUCUGGCCUAGAAGUUUCACCAGUAGAAAUAAGGGAACCGGUCAUUGGUUUGGAUGGAAAAAAGACUUAUCACUGUACAUAUUGUUCUAAAAGUUUCGGAUCUCGGUACAAUGUUACAAGGCACGAAAAAGGCUGCAAAAUGGCACCUCCUGGGAGUGGUGGAAAUCAACCAGAUGCAGAACCAAUUCUUUGUCCCAAUUGUGGAAAACAUUUUCAAACUCAUGAUGGGAUGACGAGACAUUUAAAAAAGAAAUGCAAGAUGACAACGGGAUAUGUUGAAAACUCUUCUCCUCGUUGGACAGGAAAGAAAAUUCAUAUGUGUAAAUAUUGUGGAAAGCAAUUCAGCACAAAAUGGAAUGCAAUACGACAUGAAAAUCUUUUUCACACAACUGAUGAACCAGUAAUGACAUCAUUAAUGGUUGUUGCUUUGCCUCAGUCCUCUCAGCCGCAGUAUACUCCUCGGAAACCAGAAAGGUUUUGCCGAUUUUGCGGCAAUUAUUUCAGCACAAAGUACAACGCGAUACGACAUGAACGAAUUUGCACGAGGAUCAGCUCUCAGACAUCUCUUGAUCAACCAGCAAUAAUGAAUCAAACUCCACUCAAUCAGAGUCCUAAUCAGACGUCGACUGAGACGAAAUCCACUGUUGUUGCACAGCUCGUUUCAUCACAGAUUACCACAGUUCAACAGAUUCAACAACCUCCACAGCAACAACAACCCCCACAGCAACAACAACCACCGAUCAUUUCCCAACAACAGCAACAACAAACUAUUCAGCAGCAACAAACACAACAAGUGCAGCAACUCGCACGACAGGUUGCCCUGCAACAACAUAGACAACAACAACAACAACAGCAGCAGCAGCAACAACAACAGCAGCAAAAGCAGCAAGUCACACAGCAGAUUCAAAGAAUCCAGGUACAAAUUCAACAACAGCAACAGGUACAACAACAACAGCAGCAACAACAACAACAUCGACUUCAACAACAGCAGCAGCAAGAAGUACAGCAACAGCAGCAAAAUCACCAACACCAUCAACAUCAGAUGAUCGUGCAGCAACAAAGUCAACCUCAACAACAACAACAAGCUAUUGUUCAUCAGCAACAACAGCAUCAGCAGCAACAACAACAAACGCAGCCACAGCAAGUUCAAAUCACACCACAACAAGUUGUUUUUAUUGCUCCUUAUCACGUUUGCAAGUUCUGUAACAAGCAGAUGGAUACAAAAUGCGAUCCUACGCCAGUAUUACGAGAGGAAUUGCAAAACGGGACAAUUAACGCUUCAUCCUUGCAAGCAGCGUCACUUCAAGUCCAAGCCCCAAUCACACCCACAUUAUUAGCUGGUGUCAGUUUGCCUACCAUGCUUGCCUCCCUACCGACUCAUAAUAUCACAAUUCCAAUUCAACCACAAACCCCGGUGCAACAACAGGAUCGGACUACGAACCAACAGCAGAUUAUCACGAGUCAACAGCUUCAGCAACAAAUUCAACCGCAACAAGUUCAGGUCCAGAUCCAGUCGAGACAAAUCCCACAACUUCCGCCAUCCCAAAUACACGUCGUUACUCAACCACAACAACAACAACAGCAGCAGCCACAAAUACAUAUUGUUUCUCAGGCACAGCCACUUCCACCACCACCCCAGCAACAGCAUCAGCCUUCAGCUCAAACCCCACAACAAGCCCCGACGACGCAAAGUCGAGUUUCACCAAUACAAAAUGCUGUGCAACAAAAACCUCAUGGCUGUAAGUUUUGUAACAAACAUUUCGCUACUAAAUGGUACCUCGAUCAACAUGAGAAAAUACAUACAGGACAGGCGGUCACAUGCAAUGUUUGCAAUAAAUCUUUUGUAACGAGAUGGCACUUAGAUAAGCAUGUCAGAGUACACAUGCCGGGGGGUAAAAAAGCUCCCAAAAGAGAUUCCGUACAAACUACUAUUGAUCCACGCUUCCGUGAUAAUAUUAUUACCAUUACAGAAGGGGGUGGUGGUGAAACCGUUCACCAGACUAAUUUAAAUGGAGGUCGGGAAGAACUCGUUGUUGUACCGUUUAGUAUUUCCUCAGACAAUAGAAAUCAACUGCAACAGUUUAGUUUAGCACAAUUAUCACAAACAGAACAGGGGGAGAAAUGAGAAAAUAUGCUGCGAUAAGUGAGCCAUGCACAAGCCAAUGUAUUUUCUUUGGACUUUAUUCAGCAUAGAUCUAUAAAAAUGUUUAUUUAUGGCCUGAUAAUAAGUUUCUUUCGUUCUGAACUUUUGGGUUAGUUUUUUUGGUAUUUUCCAAAACCAAACAGUAUAUUUAUGAUAUAUUAAAUUAAAAGUGAUUAUGGUCAGCAGCCACCAGAUUUUGAAAGGUCGUUACAACACUGCAUUUUGCGACAGUAUUUAAUGCUUUUUCUUUACAUGUGUGAAAAAGGGACGAUACCAUUUGUAUCUCCCAAGUUGUGUGCGCUUGUUUUAGAAUUAGCAUUAUUUACACCUAUUGAAAACAUGUCAAAAUACCGUAUUUAUUUCAAGUACAGAAAAUGGUUUGUCCAAAUAGCUUCGAAUUCCAACUCAUAGUAUCCCUUAUGUUGCAAUCUUGGGUAGAGUACCUUACACACCCUGUCCAUUCAGAUGCAUUUGUGAAAUGCUAGGUUCUUAUAUUAAUCGUGAAUGCUAUAAUUUUAUUGUUUAAUUUUAUUAUUGCACUGGUUUUCAUAUAUUGUUCUUUCUAAAAGAAAGAAAAAUCGUGAUUUAUUUUUGCACAUUAAGUAUGAGUAUUAAAUUUUUCGUCAAAGUUCAUUUACAUAAACUUGUUAAGAAUCAAUUAUGAGGAGUCAUAUUAUCCAUAUAUGCGUCACAGUCACGCAAGCAAAGAUAUAUUGCACUAUUCAAUUUUGAACAAAUUUUUCAGUGUCAAAAAAUAUUGAUACUUCUGUUGAUACCAACUUUUAAUGACUGACUAAUUCCUUAACUUGUUACCUAUUUCCUGAACUGGGAUACUAGAAUAGCAACUGGGUGAGAGGGUGUGGACUACCAAAUCAUAAGCCACAUUUACCCUCUAUCAGCGAAAUACAAAAAUUCUCUUUAGCGCUACUUGUUUCAAAAUCACUCAAAAAAUAAUUUUUUCGAUUCCGGUUUGCUGAUUCCAAUUUGCCCAAAAGCCUAAAUGGUUUCUCUUAAAUUUAUAACCUGUUUUUUCCAUACCUUUCUCAUCGCUAAAAAGUUAUUUAUCUCAUGGUGCUCACAAAAGGAAUGUGUUUUGCCCACUUUGUUUGUCACUGUAAAAACAAUACAAGGCUAUAGCUUUGGUUCCAAGACUGCCAGAAAUAAUGUUUUUGCUUUAAUUUGUGAAUAUACUUUUCCAUCAUGUC